AUGUCCUCACGUGAUAAUGAUACAUCUCAAUCAGACCAUGUUCCUUUGGAUUUAACCAUUGAGAUACUCUCAAGACUUCCUGCGAAAUCGGUUGGGAGAUUUCGCUCCGUCUCUAAGCUCUGGUCGGCCAACACCACCAGUCAAAAUUUCAUCAACUCCUUUGCGACUGGGUCCUUGGCAUCGCGGCCUUCUGUACUGCUAACCGUCCGAAAAGGUGACAUUCUGUUCGUUUUCUCGUAUCCCGUAGACAAGAAUAGUUCCGAUGGUCAAUUUACUUGUGUGGGAAGUUAUCAAUUGACAAACCCUAAUUUUGGUAACCUCUCUCGUUACCACUUUCUGAAAUGGACCCAAUACAGAACAAAAAGCUACACUUCAAAGAUGAGAAACAGUAUUAGAGAAGUCGAAACUGUGGGUGAUGAAGUUAGACUUUCUGACAAGUAUAUGUACACCAUGAAUGUUUACCCAAAUCACAUCGAAAGUCUUGUGUCUUUGUGA